AUGCUGCUCAGAGGAUUAGGAGCCUGUGCUGAGCGUGCCUCGAAGCCGCGCACGACAAACGUGGAUCGAAUUUCGAAGACCACCGAGGAAUUGUUGGAAAGAAGAAGGCUUGAUCUGAAUGCAUCGCACAUUGAGCGGCAGAAGAAGAUUCUGGAAGCAGCACAAAAAAGAACGAGUCUAAAGAAGUGCCGCAGUGAUCUCCGCGAAUAUAAUAUUCCGCUAGCAACCUUGCUAAGCGAAGACGGGACUCGCACGUCUUCUCGUCGUGAGAUGGAAAUCAUUACGGAGAGGACGCUGGAUGAAGCCCAGCCUCAAGAACAAGCUGGAUUCCGUCAGAGGUUCAGCUGCUUGGACCACAUCCAGACCGUGUCGAGGGUCAUAGAGGCUUGCCGGGGAUACCGCCUGCCCCUUGUUCUAACCUUCGUCGACUAUGAGAAGGCCUUCGACAGCGUAGAAACGAAUGCAAUUCUGUCAGCGCUGGUCGACCAAGUUGUGAACUCUUCGUAUGUGAGAACAUUAGCAAAUUACUACGAUCGAUGCACCACGAAGAUCCAGCUUUUCCACUACUCCCUCACCAUACCCAUUGGAAAGGGUGUACGACAAGGCGGUAUUAUAUCGCCGAAGCUGUUCACGGCUGCAUUGCAAUGGAUAAUGAAAUCACUUUCCUGGGGAAAAAAGGGGCAUACGUGUUGA